CGCGAGAUUUCCAAACCUCGCGACUCUGGUGAUGAAGUGGGACAGGCUGUAGGCUAAUGGCCCGGUGAAACACCCUUUUUUGCGGAUGAAUUCAAACGUUUACUGUUUUGCCCGGUGACAAAAUGAUUAUCACAGUGAAGCCCCUUCAAGGAAAGGAGUGCAGCGUCCAGGUCACAGAAGAUGACAAGGUUUCCAUGGUAAAGGAGUUGGUCUCAGAGCGCCUCAACAUUCCUCCAAACCAGCAGAGAUUGCUCUACAAGGGGAAAGCUCUCACAGAUGAGCACAGACUAAGCGACUACUCCAUUGGGCAUGAGGCCAAACUGAACUUGGUGAUCCGUCCGGCCGGAGAGAGGGGUCUUUCCAGUGAACUCAGCCCCACCACUCUGGCCAAUGGCAGUGGAGUUUGGCAGUCCAUCUCCUUGGUGCUGGCCAAACACUUCAGCCCCGCAGAUGCUGCCAAGGUCCAGGAGCAACUCAUGAGGGACUACGAGCGCUCGAUCCGACAGCUGAGUCUGGACGACAUAGAGCGCAUGGCCAUCCGCAUACUGCACCCGGAGGUGGAAGGCCUGGACCCCUCUUUCAUGGACUGAGUACGGGGAGGCGGGUGGAGAUACAGGCGGACAGCCAGACACAUGCUGCUCUUUACAGGACUAACCACAUAACCCACCCACUAGGAGCCAAGACAGCCCGCCAGAACAGGACAAACUACAAUAGCCACGCAGAGCAAUGAUAAACCACCCACCCACCCGCCAGGAGCAAGGAGAGGCCAACAGAACAACCCUCAACCCACUCACCUACUGGGUGUCCAUUUCCCAAAAGAAUAAGUUGCUAACUGUGUCCUGUACUUUGCUGGUUGCAAUGGAAUUUUGCAUUGUUUAUGCACUUGGUUGCUAACUGUCUAGCAUUGUGGGGAAAUACACUCCAGGAUGGGACCUGGGAAGAUGUUGAAGAUUGACUUUGGUGGAGCACAGUUUCCCUACUUUGUGGACAUUUUUAAGAGGGCUUGCCGAUAAGAAAAGGUGUCUUCAAAGCCUUGUGAUCUUGUGUAAAAGAGCAGCUUAUAACACCCAUAUUUAUUAUGUCAAUGCAGGCUUCUUCUUUUUUAAAACAGCUGUUAUUAAUAGGGCAUUGUUUUGGAACUUGUUGAAGAAGCAGUGUUCAAGCAUACCUGUUUAAUUUAUUUGACAGUACAGUUUUUAUGUUAAACCAUUUGCACAUAUACUGUUGUGACUUAAACAUGAUGGGGAAGGAGGCCAGGGGAGUAUUCCAUGAAUCUGUAUAAGUGGUAUACCAGGUUAAAUUUACCAUACAGUGGUGGUAAAUCAUAUAACAGAAGAGCCUGGAGUCCUCGUUUUUAGAUAAAUGACACCUAUGGACGAUCUAUUGGCAGGUUUACCACUUCCUGUGGGUUAACAUAGCCAGGUUUAUCACUUAACCAUGUUCUAGUUGGAAUAGUACCCAGCUUGGGCACCAUAUGUUGCGAUUGUGUGUGUGUGUGUGACAGACUGCAAGUUUUCAUUUGUAAAUAUACUGCAUAAAAUAAGAAUGGGGAUUAAAGACGAUUUGUCAUUUGGUAUUCUA